AUGGAGCAGCUCGAGAGCUUUGCCUGCAACUGCCUUCAGCUCCGCGGCUCUCAAGGGACAGUCCUUGCCAUUUCGAAGGCCGGCUGGGAGGCCUUCGACCACACGCAGCGCAGCGUGCUGGAGUCCUGCGUGGACCAGGUGGUUGCCGCUCCGGUGCCUGUGCUGGAGAG